AUGACGAUAAUUAGCGACCAAACCGCCAUCGCCAAGGAGUUGGCCAGAUAUUUCUCUGGAAGCUACGGGAGCUCUAUUAAUACACCGGGGUCUUAUUGGAACCCCGAUGCUUUGCCUAACAACUGUGUCGUUGUCUGUAUCGGGUUCAUACUGAACAGAACUUCCAACCAGCUCAGUCAUAGAUCUAAUAAACGACAGCCACCCGACGGCUUUAAAGACUGGGAGCAAAUUGAGGCUUUUUUGGAGCACUUAAAGGAAAUGCGACUAGUGAGAGAGUAUCUGAUGACCGAAACUCCUUUCAAAUACGAGCGUUAUAUAGGGCCGGGCGACGAUCUGGUACUGUACCGACGACCGGUUCCAGGGCGUGUAGUCAAACAUUGUGUUCUUGGUAGCCAUCAUGAAGGAAACUAUAGUUUCCAUGAUUUCCAGCACCAUGAGGGGGGAACCAAGAUUCCAAUGGCAAAAGAUGCCAAAAAGGAGUUCGAAUCUGCACCGGGCGUCUGGGACUUCAGUAGGAUAGAUUACACAGUCAAGGUGGUUCCUUGGUUGAAUUGA